AUGGCUUCGGGGCCUACGGAUGGAGCUAAAGAGAGGCAGAGAUACAUCGAGGGUAAGGUUUAUAGGAGGAGAGUUUUCAGAGGUAUCAAGAAAAACCCUAACGUAGGAGACACUGUAGCUUCCGCCACCACAACUACUAAAGAGGAUAACGCCCCCACUACUACAGUCACCAAUGAUACUGACGGUAACAAGAACAUCAACAACGAUGAAGCCAAGAGUAAUGUUUUGGCUCAGCCUCUGGUUUCUCGAUUGGCGGUGUCGGAGGAUGGGGAUUUAGGUCAUGCAGAAGGGAGUUCGAGAUUGGAGGAAGGAAAUACAGGUCAGCCACAGGAGAGUUCAAGAUUAGAGGAUGCAAAUUCUCCACAACAGCAAUUGGAGGACCAGAAUUUGGUUGGGCAACAAGCGAGUUCAAGAACAGAGGAUGGAAAUUCACCUCAGCAGCAAUUAAAGGAGCAGAGUUUGGCUCAGACACAAGCAAGCCUGAGAACAGGGGAUGAGAAUUCACCCCAGCAGCUAUUCGAGGACCAGAAUUUGGUUGGGCAACAAGUGGGUUCAAGAACAGAGGAUAGGAAUUCACCUCAGCAAUUAAAGGAGCAGAAUUCAGCUCAGCCACAAGCAAAUUUGAGAACAGGUGAUGAGAAUUCACCCCAACAGAAUUUGGAGGACCAGAAUUUGGUUGGGCAACACCUUAGUUCAAGAACAGAGGAUGGGAAUUCACCUCAACAGCAAUUAAAGGAGCAGAAUUCGGCUCAGCCACAAGCAAACUUGAGAACAGGGGAUGGGAAUUCACCCCAGCAGCUAUUUGAGGACCAGAGUUUGGCUCAGCCACAAGUGAGUUCGAGAACAGGGGAUGUGAAUUCACCCCAGCUGCAAUUUGAAGACCAGAAUUUGGCUCAGGCACAUGUGAAUUCAAUAGCAGGGGAUACGAAUUCACCUCAGCCUCAAAGCUCAACACAUAAGGAUGUGAAUUCUCCUCAGCAUCUGGAAAAUUCAAGACCAGAUGAUGGGAACACGUCUCAGCUAGAAGUGAGUUCAAGAUUGGAGGACGGGAGUUUGCCUCACCCGGAAUUUAUUUCAAAGUUGGAGGACAGGGCUUCUCUGCAGCAAGAUAAUUCAAUAUUGGAAGAUGAGAAUUCGUCUCAGCCACAAGUGAAUUUGAGAUUGGAGGAAGGGAGUUCACUUCAACAACUAGAUAAUUCCACAUUAGUGGAUCAGAAUCUGGCUCAGCCGCCCUCACCGCCAGUUUCUGAUCACUUGCACAGCCAUCAGCAGCCCGAACCUUCUAAUGUCAAUAUUCGGCAGGAGAAUGAUAGAUCUUCGAGCCCCAUCCAUAGGCACAGGGCGAUUUCCGAUGACUUGCACAGUCAUCAGCAGGCUGAACCUUCUAACCCCGAUGUUCAGCAGGAGGAUGAUGGACCUUCGAGCCCCAUUUAUGAGCAUGGGGCAGUUCCUAGCACUGGGUACCGACAUUCCGAGAAUGUGACUGUGGAGCCGAGUCAAGAGGACCGAUUCAAGAUCAAUCUGGCCUUGAAGUCAAAGCAGGAGAAACAAGAGAUACGCUGGAAGCUUGAAAGUGAGCUUGGUGUAGUGAGAAAUUUGGUCAAGAGGAUUGAAGUGAAACAGGGGCAUGUCGGUGCUUAUGGCAAUUCGAAUGUAGUUUUGGGUGGUGGGAUUUCUAAUGGAGGUGGAGCUAAGCGUGCUCACUCAGAGGUAGCAUCUGCUGGUGUUUCGCGACAACCUACCAGGCCUUCACACCAGUUAAGUUUUCCAAUGUUCCAUAAUAGUCAAGGGGUUGGUGAAAAUGUUGAGAAGGAAAAGAGAAUGCCUAAAGCAAACCAGUUUUAUCAUAACUCAGAGUUCCUGCUUGCAAAAGAUAAAUUCCCACCUGCAGAGAGCAAUAAGAAGUCAAAAUUGAAUUGGAAGAAGCAAGGUGGUGGAGAAAUGGGUCCCGGGCUUCGAAUGGGAUCCAAGUUUUUCAAGAGCUGUAGUUCACUGCUUGAAAAAUUGAUGAAACACAAGCAUGGGUGGGUGUUUAAUUCUCCUGUUGAUGUUGAGGGUCUUGGUUUGCAUGACUAUUUUACAAUCAUCACUCAUCCAAUGGACUUAGGAACUGUGAAGACAAGGCUGAACAAGAAUUGGUAUAAAUCACCGAAGGAAUUUGCAGAGGAUGUGAGACUCACUUUUGAUAAUGCUAUGACAUAUAAUCCAGAGGGACAGGAUGUUCAUGUAAUGGCAGAGCAUUUAUCAAAGGUUUUCGAGGACAGGUGGGCUAUAAUAGAGUCAGAUUACAAUCGUGAGAUGAGAUUUGGCAUGGAGUAUGGUGCACCUUCACCUUUGCCUCGAAGGGCUCCUACAUUUACUCCACCGCCUCUAGAUAUGCGACGAAUUUUGGACAGAUCUGAAUCUUUGGCACGAACUCCAAGAUCUAUGAACAAUACUCCAUCAAGUAGAACCCCAGCUCUAAAAAAGCCUAAGGCAAAGGAUCCCAAUAAAAGAGACAUGACAUUUGAUGAAAAGCAAAAACUAAGCACAAACCUUCAGGCUUUACCUCCAGAGAAGCUUGAUGCUAUUGUACACAUCAUAAAGAGGAAAAAUUUAGCCUUGAAUCAACAUGAUGAUGAAAUUGAAGUGGACAUCGAUAGCGUGGAUGCUGAGACUCUUUGGGAGCUUGAUAGAUUUGUGACCAACUAUAAGAAAAGUUUGAGCAAAAACAAGAGGAGGGCUGAAGUUGCUCGAGCUAGAGCAGAAGCUUUGCAGAAUUCCAUCCAGAAGAGCCAGCCACCAGCUAUGAUAGAGAUUUCUAGAGAACCACAAGCAGAUGAAAGAAAUGUUCCCCCAUCUUUGCCAAUGCAAGGGGGAAUGAUUCCGGGUCUUCUUCAAGUGAUUCUGAUAGUGACAGUUCCUCAGCCUCGGGAUCUGAUGCUGGGUCACAAGGAACCUGAUGUAAUGCUAGAUGUUAGAUGUUUAGAUUAG